AUGUUCAUUUGUUUUCUUUCCAACACAAAUAGAGCAGCCCGUGGAGCAGCUGACAAAGGCGGGCGACGGGAGCAGAUGAGAAGCAUGACACAUAUCUGCCAGAGGAGCAUGGAGGGUUCAGGACAGCCUGGAGCCGGAGACGCCUCUCACAGGCAAUGCCUGAUUUCUCCUCUCUAAGAAAUGGCCUGGCACAACACAUCACCAUUCCGGUAUGGCUUUGACCUGGGGGCACAGUACCAGGAUUUGCGUCCUCUGGGCACAGGAGCAUCCGGUCUGGUGCUUUCUGCACUAGACAGGCGCAGCGGCCUUCGUGUGGCAGUGAAAAAGCUGGUAAUGCGAGAUGCCGUCAGCGUAAAACACGCUCUGAGGGAAGUAAAGAUCACCCGCCGCCUUCAGCAUGAGAACGUGGUCCGGGUGUAUGACGUGUUGGGCUCGUCUGGUCACCCUUUGCCACGGGACUUGACUCAUGUGGCGGCCAUAUACAUAGUGCAAGAGUGUAUGGAGACUGAUUUGGCACGACUACUCGAACAAGGGCCGUUACCAGCAGAACAUGCCACCCUGCUCUUUUAUCAGCUGCUUCGAGGGCUCAAGUUUAUCCACUCGGCCAACGUGCUGCAUCGUGACCUGAAGCCAGCGAACAUCUUUAUCAACACAGAGCAAAUGCUGCUGAAGAUCGGAGACUUCGGCCUGGCACGCAUUGUCGACCCACAUUACUCGCACAAGGGUUACCUGUCAGAGGGGAUGGUCACUAAAUGGUACCGUUCGCCCAGACUGCUGCUGUCUCCAAAUAACUACACAAAAGCGAUCGACAUGUGGGCCGCAGGAUGUAUUCUGGCCGAGAUGCUCACUGGACGAAUGCUGUUCGCAGGUGCUCAUGAACUGGAACAGAUGCAGCUGAUUCUGGACACGGUGCCCGUCAUCCGAGAGGAGGACAGACAGGAGCUGCUGAGGGUCAUGCCAUCUCUAGUGGGUCACGGCUGGCAGAUCAGGAGAUCCUUCAGAGAUCUAAUGCCAGAAGUGGAGGACAAGGCCAUUGAUUUCCUUGAGAGUAUCCUGACCUUUAACCCCAUGGAUCGUCUGACGGCAGAAGCGGCUCUGUGUCAGCCGUUUCUGCAGAGAUACUCGUGUCCUCAGGAUGAGCCAGUGUCUCUGCAGCCCUUCCGCAUCGAGGACGAGCUAGAGGACAGUCUGGUGACUGAGAGCACUCACACUCACGGGCUCCGCUCACACUGGGACAGGUAUGACAGUAGUCUUUCCUCAGAUGUUUACUGGCCUACCCAGGACCAGUGUGGCUGCAUGCAGAGCGUCUCAGAACUCGGAGAAGCUGAAGAUGAAGAAGUUCAAAGGGACCCACGAGCCAGUUCAGCUUCCCACAUCGAGGAAGCGCAGGUAGACCCUCGCAAGUACUCCCACAGCAGCUCUGCAGAGCGAUUCCUGGAGCAGUCACACCCAUCCCUGGAGCGCAUCUGUGGACACUUCAGCGAGCUGGACUGCGGACGCUCCUGCGACUACAAAGUGGGCUCUCCAUCCUACCUGGACAAGAUUGCAUGGAGAGAAGGAAAGCCGCAGCAUUACUCUGAACCCAAACUCAUCCUAGACCUUUCCAACUGGAGGAACAACAGCAUGGCUGCUCCAAGACAAAACAGCGCAGAGAAGCUUCUGACCGAACCUGGAGAUCUUUUCCAGGAGAUCUCGCGUUGGGUGGAGACCACACAGUCAGGUCUCCAUUCACCUGGUUCUCCUCAAGAACCUCCAUCUUCUCCAUGUUCACCUCCUUUACCGCUUUCUCCAACAUUGAUGCCUCAGUCUCAGAUUCAGAUCCCAGCGCCGCUGACAUUGCCCAGUCCUCUAUCCAGAAGAAGCCCGACGCCGUUCUUCUCCGCUCCUCCAUCUCUGCUGCCUUCAUCUCCUUCAUCUCCUCAUCACGGUUCUUCCAAUUAUCCGUCUUCCUCCAUUGGUUGUGAAAACUAUGAAGAGCCUUCACAGAUGCGUCCAUCUGGAGAAGAACAUUUCGACCUGGAUGUGUUUAUCUCUCAGGCUCUGCAGAUUUGUAGUCAGAGUGAGAUCAUGGAGAGCUCUGAUGACCUCAAAUCAGACAACAUUAGUGAUGUCUGCAACGUAUCGGACGACCACAGACCUUCCAGAACACAAACUCCAACCCCUGAGAUGGUGAAGGCUCAUGGAUGUCAUAAGGAGCACUGGUAGAGGAGACGUUAGGGUUAGUAUUUAAGGUAGCAUGAAUGAAUGUGAACAGCUUUUUGAGAUUGUCCUUUUAUUAUCUGAAGGUGAGAUUCUGUAUUCAAUGAGAAACGCAAGUUUUGGCUUCUGAAAAAAAAAGUAUUGGUAUUCUGAAAAAAAAAAAAAAAA